AUGGCGUCCUCCGUCAACCUUGUGUUAGAUUUGAAUGAGCCACAACUUAUUUACAUUACAUCCAUUGUGAUGAUAGUUACAGCAGUUAUCGUUGCUUUUUGCUUAAUUUUUCUAAAAGCCGAAUAUGGACGAUAUUUCUCAGCGAGUUCAUCGCAAAAGUACGGAUUUGGAGUGAACCCCAAAAUUGCUUGGUUUGUUCAAGAAUUACCAGCCUUUGUUGUACCCUGUGUGUUGCUCUUUUUCGCUCGCAAAGACGUCUUCGGAUUAACGCCAAAUGCCUUUCUUCUCUUAUUAUACUUAUCACAUUAUACUCACAGGUUAGUGGUAUGUACUAAAAUCUUCCAGCCAGUAAUAAUUCCCACAAUUCCAAAUUUUAGUCUUGCUGUCAGUGUUAUUACUCAACCAGAUUACAUAACCGACUGUCAAACAGUCUCCGGAAAGAUGCGGAAUAACCUCAUACUUAUUUGCUUCUCACUAAAUAACAAGAAAAUUGUGAAUUUGUUAUUUGUCUCGUUCUUUUAAAGCUCUGAAAUUAAUUUUCUGAAAUUCUGCACUUUAAUUACUAUAAAUAAUUUUACUAUUGAUAUUAAUACUAUUAAUAUUAUUUCUUUUAGCUUCAGACUUACCUAAGAGCCCUUUCUCUACCCUAUGGCAAAAAAAUGAAAAAUUACCAAAUUUGGGGUAAUUAUUUAUUUGCACUUGAAAUAUUGCACCCUUCAAGUUCAUUGACAAAAUUUCAGGGGGAGCCACAAAAGGCUUUUUAAAAAAUGAAUAAAAACAACUGACGUCAGAGCCUGUCUCUCCAAACCUUCUCGCUGUUCUCAUUUUCAGAUCUUUGAUUUAUCCCUGGCUCAUUAAAGGUGGCAAACCAACCCCUGUAUUGCUCUCAUCCAUGGCUUUUGUCUUUUGUAUGUUAAAUGGCUACCUACAGGCAAGAUACUUGAGUAAAUUUGCUUUUUACAAGAAUUCUUGGCUGUCAAGUCCAAUCUUUAUCAGUGGGGUAGUAUUGUUUGUCACAGGCAUGGCAAUUAAUAUUCACUCUGAUCACACUUUGCGUAAUCUGAGGAAACCUGGUGAGACAGGCUACAAAAUUCCAAAAGGUAAGUUUCUUUUUUUAACAUUUUGAUUGCCUAGCAAAUAGCUUGUACCACUUGUAUUAUGUGAAGCUGGUGUAAAAAACAGUGAUAAUGAUUUAUAGUGAUGGGUUUUCUUAUCCUGUUAAAAUAUUCCAUAUUAUCAACGUCAUCAUCAUCAUCAUUAUUAUUAUUACUGUUGUUAUUAUUAUUAUUAUUAUUAUUAUUAUUACUAUUAUUAGUAUUGUUAUUGUUGUUGUAACUUGUUGUUGUUGUUGUUAUUUAAAUUAAGAUAUGAUUGUGACAGUGGCUGUUGCAAUUUAAGCAACUGCAAAUUAACAUCUCUAAUUUGCACAGGUAUUCACUGUCCUGGAAACAACAAUAUUUUCCACUAUUAGCUCUGUCAUGUCCCUAGACCUUAGACUUCAAAGGCCUUUUUCAAUAUGGUGACCAUUCCAAGAAGUGAAGACUUUUGCAAAGUUCUGAACCUAUAUGUAAUUCCGAUUUCUUUCAAGUGCAUCUUUAAGUUGUUCGGUAUCACUCCUCCUAGACCUCCCACAACAGCUGGUAUUACUUUUGUCUUCGCUCUCCAAAGUCUAGAUAUUUCCCUUGCUAAGUCUUGAUAUUUUUCAUGUUUUAUUAUUAUUAUUAUUAUUAUUAUUAUUAUUAUUGUUAUUAUUAUUAUUAUUAUUAUUAUUAUUAUCAUUAUUAUUGUUACUAUUAUAAUAUUAAAUUAGAUGCUCUGGAACCUACACAUUUAGUGUAUUUAAGACCCUACUUCAACUGAGUCUGUUUUAUGUUUUCCGCUUAGCUUUAUUACAUCAGAUGUGUGCAAUGCACGAGAUGUAUAGGUUAUGUCAAGUCAAUAUGAAACUCACACAAAUACAUGUAUGCUGCAAAGUUAGUAUAAUAUUAGGGACCAUUCAUUAUUUAUUCCAGGGGUUGGGCUGGCAAGAAUGAGGGGUGGGCCAAGUCAGAUUCAGGACAGUCAGGUGGGGGGGGGGGGGUCAUCAAUAAAUCUGCACACAAAGAUGGGGGGCUACCAGAAUUUUUAUUUUUGGUUUAUUUUCAAACAAAUACUUCCAGUGCGCUCUGGACUAACGGUACAUGGUUUGCAAGCCUCCUAAAGGCUAACAGUACAUAACUGGUAGUUUAAAGCUAAUAAAGAAAACAGUCACAAUUUCUAUGAAAUGAUAUUUCUUUUUAUCUUGCCUUUUAGUGAAAGUUUAAAAUGAAAUAAAUCCUUUUUUUACCUUUAUCUGCUGAAUUUCACCAGCAUGAAAUAAAAUGUCCCAGUUAAUCUACACAGCUGUCUGACUUGCAUUCUGUAGAGGGUUGCCUCUCGCUGGAAGUGGGCUUCACGGAAAUCUAUACUUUUUUUAUGUUCUAUAAGCCUGGUUCGUUUUUUAUCAAUGUCUUAUCUUUGACCAAUACUCUUUACUCUGGAAUGAAAAAGAAACUCUCACUUGGUUUUUCUGAUACAAAAAAAGUUUGAAAAGAACUAUCGAUCCUUGCAGCUAUCGUCUAUUGACAACUUUAUAUUCCCUUUCUAUUUAUUAUAGUUCCAGCACAGGAGAGAGAGCAGAGUAUAUCACUGAGGAUGAAAAGGACUCGGGGGAAGGGGGGGACUCCGCAUAUGAAAGGGGUGGGGAUGCUCGUUGUCUCGCUUAGGGGUAUAAAUUUCGGAUUUUGGUCUCACUUAGGGUGUUCUGGGCAAAACGCCAUCAUAUUUACCCGUGAAGGUCUCAUUUAGGGUUGCACACGAAAAAACAUAAAAAUAUAUAUAUUGUCUGUGGUUUAACAUAGUCUCUUUUAGGGGUCAAAAAAGCUUGGGCCCUGCCCAGAUCGGUCUCCUUUAGGAGUUUAAUUCAAAAUUUCUGAUGAGCAUCCCCACCCCUUUCAUAUGCGGAGUCCCCCCCCCCCACCCCCUUGGUGAAAAGGAUCAGUUCGAUAUAGUGAUGUAGACUAAUUCAAACACUCAAUAAUCAUAGCUUGGGUUUUGUAUUUUUGUUCUUACAUGCAUUUUUUUUUUUUUUUUGGGGCGGGGGGAGGGCUAGCCAGAUUUUAAAAGCACAUUUAGAGGGGUCAUGCCUUUUUUUAGUUUUUUUUUUUUAGUUUUCCUUUGAACGGGUCAAGAUGUUUUGUUGUGCUUUCUGAUGGAUCUUACCAGCCCACUCCCUGGUAUAAAUAAUGAAUGGUCCCUUAUUACAUAAGGUGGAGUAUGUGGAAAAUAGUCUCUGCCUCAAAAGCCAAGUAAAUUCCAAUAUUUUUCGCUACUCUUCUCUUUUAAUAGGUGGUAUGUUCACUUAUGUUUCUGGGGCUAACUUCUUUGGUGAGAUUAUUGAGUGGUCUGGAUUUGCACUGGCAUGUUGGUCUCUUCCUAGCCUGGCAUUUGCAACAUUUACUGCUCUUAACAUUGGUCCAAGGGCAAUUCAGCACCACAGGUAUUUGAAAAAAAAUUUUUGAUGAAAUUUUUCUGCACAAAAAUUUAAUAACUUGGUAUACGCCUGGUAUAUACCAUCAUGCAUACGAAAGAGAAAAAUUUUGCGGUCAUAUGUAAAUACAGUCAAAGACUGUUGAAACUCAAGAGCACAUCAUCAAAAAACAUAAUACAUGAAUUGAUGAAUCAUAUAAAAGAGAAACGAUAAGGUUGAUUGUGGUGAUGACGUACCUUUUGGUUUGACCAGCAGUUUUUGCAGUACCAAGUUGUUUUCACUGUUGUUUGUCUGCUGAUUUUAUUUCAUACCAAAAUGUUUUUGUUUUGCUUUGUAGAUGGUAUUUGGACAAGUUUGAGGAUUAUCCAAAGUCUCGACGUGCUCUUAUCCCAUUUGUCUUAUGAAGACCAAAUGAAAGGACAAGGCACAAAACAAGAAAGGAGAGAAAUCCAUAGCCUGCGUAGCAAGCAUUUCCGCGUGAUUUCAGAGCUAAGAAUGACCAAGGAAUGACAAGGAACGGGAUAAUUGAUUUUAGCCUUUUUUCGCGGGAUCUUGUUCCUCGUUCUUUGCCCUGAAACCACACGGAAUGCUUGCUACACAGGCUAAGAAAUCAAAACAAUCGUGUAAUUGACAAAAAUAAAAUUUAGAUAGAUUUUCUCAAUUUAUUUAGCUGUUGCAACUAAUAUAUUAAAAACAUGGCGAAAAAAAAAAACAAGGAUAACGACAUUGGUACCGUUCUUGUUUUCAUGCAGGCACCAUUUCUUUUAGGGCAGAGGAAGAGGAAGUGCAAGGGGAGAAAAGGAGAGGAGCUGGCCUCCUCUCCCCUUCGCAUGUUCUGCUCGCGCGUCCUGUAAUAAGAUAUAUGGUUUCCAAUUGUCAAUUUAUUUUUUUGUUGCGUGACAGUGAAAACGAUCCAUACCCCAAAAAACCCCUACCUAAAAGAAAAAAAAAAAGAAAAACGAACAGGCCACUCAAAAAAAUACCUGCCAUACUUUCCUACCCCAAAAAGUCCCAAAAAGAUCCUUCGAUCAUCCCCCAGGGGCCCCACUCACAUAUUUUAAUGACGGGGGGGUCCGAAGGAUUUUUUUGGGUCUGGCAUUUCGGCCAAAAGGGAUUUUUUUGGGUCUAUGAAAGACGCCGAGAUUUUUUUGGGUCGCGAAAACAACACAGGGAUCUUUUUGGGUAUUGUAUUUUUCAUCAGCUCAAAUCAACAAUAACAUAAGCGCAAUUUAUAGUUUUGUUUUUGACCAAAUUAAAAAACCAAAGUUGAAGUUGGCAUGUUUUAGCUUUCCAGAAGAUAAAUAAUAAAAUUUGCUGAUGCAAAAACACCGAGGGAUUUUUUUGGGUCGACAAAUUCUGAAGUUGGGAUUUUUUUGGGUAUAAAAUAUGAACCUCUGUCGGACCCCCCCGUCAUUAAAAUAUGUGAGUGGGGCCCCUGGGGAUCAUCCAUAUAGUUCUGAACACGCGAGUUUCAGAAGUUCACGCAAGUACACCACGCGUUCAUGCUUCAUUGGAAACCGGCCCUUGGAGACCAAUGAAAACGUUGCGUGAAAUCGAGGCAAAUUGUUCGAAAUCUGCCGCCAUAUUUGCACGGUAUGCUGAAAGAAUGUGGCCAUGAACUGUGUUUAUCUUUCUGAAACUGUCUUUUCCCGUUGAGUAAAGGAGUAUGGUAGAGUUCAAUGGCUUCAUAUCUGAAAUAUGAAUAUCACAGAGUGUUUUCAAAUGAGAAAAAGGCGAUCAACUGAUAAAACGCAAGGGCGUGGAAAUGAGUCAGGUAAAUUAUUGAUUAAGCACCACGGUAGCUUCGCUGAACCUCAAACGAUAAGAUUGUAUUUAUCCUAUAAACUAAAGACUAUAUAAAUUAUAUAAAAUAAAUUAACUUUAAAAUGUAAGUGCCUCAUUACAAUGCAACUUUUUGAAAGUUUCGUUGACGUCAAACUAAUGUAAAUAGCGUGUCCUCAUUCCGAAAUAUGAAAACGCGAGCCACAUCGCAUCAAAAGUAAGCUUAAGUGUGGAUUUUUAUCCACAUCAUUCCUGUGGAAAGGCAAUAGUACGAUUAGUUAGUUAUGAGAACAAGAAUAAUGUUAUUGAAGCCUAAAAUGUUAUUAUUUUCGUGACUCUAAAAGAAUAAUGAAAUUCUACACCCUGUUUAAGACUCAAGACCUUGAAAACCAUACCCUGUUCAGCGGCACAUACCCGUAUAGGCCAAAUGAGGGAGUGCCCCCCGAGCCCGGGUCGUCGCACUGCUAAAAAUUGUUAGGAUCUUGUGUAUUAAAUUUUGCACCCCUUGGUUGAGUGUUGGUCAAUACUAUCAGGUGAUAUUUGGACGACACUUGGUCGAUAUGACGAAAAAAUCUAAAUUUCUGUCCAAAGAGUUGAAUACAUCUUGAGCUCUAUUUAUUUAUUGGUGAGCCAAUCAUUGGCAGGCAGAUAGGCUGCUAGCAAGCUCUCUGGGGGGCUUUGGGUGGGGAAUGGGAGAAAACAAGAGCUUGUAGUCUUGUCUCAGGAAUUUAAAUUCCUGUGUCAUUGCAGUGGCCUCUUUUUAGCAGACAGAAAUAGGGCUUUGUCCAGUUAAAUCCCUCUUCUGCUUUUAAGAUCCCCAUGAAAAGUCACGCAACAUGAUAAGGCACGUAGACAAAAGAAACAAAACAAAACCAUGGCACAAAACAACAUUUAUUCAUGUAGCAAUACAGAUGUGGUAAUCUACUGUUUAAACUAAAUCACAGUUUCACCAACAGUUAGAGGCUACUUUCAUGUUCUUUCAACUGGAGUUUCUAGAAAUUAGGGUUAACUGUCGGGUGUGGGAGGAUCUGUUUUAUGAUUAAGAUUAAUCCAGGUCUGUUGUUAAUGCAGGGCUGUCACUAGGAUUUCAAGUUGUCAGGUUAAUACAACAAGUAGGUUGGGAAUCAGGCAGCUAGGGAUAUCUUCAAAUUCUUGUUUUCUUCUGUUUUCUUAUGAAAUUAACUGGGGGUCAUUUUCUUAGUAGUCAGGGGAAAUCCCUGGCCGUUAAAUGACUGUCGUGCAUACUGAAUACAAGGUAUCUGUGAUCUUUGUGCAUAUUCUGUGAUCUUUGUGCAUAUUCUGUGAUCUUUUUGCAUAUUCAAAAGUGCAUGUGAAGCUAUUUUUUUUACAGAGUCGUCUGCAAGCUGCACCAGUAGUUGUGUUGAUGCCCUGCUUAUUUUUUUUUUGUACAAAAUUAAAUUAUUCAAUUUAUUCAACACCAGAUGACAUAAUGUAAGUGCCUUUGAGUCUACAUUUACAGGUGUAUGGUGCCAUCUGGUUGCAGCUGCAAUCUAGCCAUAUAUAGUGGUUGAUACAAGUUCCAGUUAUUAUUCUGUUUUGCAGGGUUUCCUCCUAGAACUCCAGUCAGGAGACUGCAGCAUUUUCCUUGUGGUUUCCCUGCUGCAAGCAGCUUUAACAACUCUUUCUCUGAUCAAUCUCUAGAGAUAGUGUGGGACAACAACUCUCCUUCACCUGCAAGGACUUUGUCUUUAGGUAGGUAACUACUUCUCUGCUUUUGGAACUGGGUUUAAAAUACAUGUAGUCAACCAGUUACUUAAAGUAUUACCAGUACAACUAACCUUUUUCAGAUGAAAUUAGGGCUCUCUGAACUGGUUAGGCAAGAAGUUCAAGACAAGUAAUGUAUCAAGCAUGAGACGCAGUGUUUCAUCUUCAGAUGAAACCCCAAGAAGAGAGUUAAAAAUAUGACGCACAGCGGAGUAUUUUUGACGAACUUCGUGGUGUUUCAUCUGGUGAUGAAACACAGCUGUGUCGAAUACUUGACAUUACUUCUCAAACAAAAUGAUUUUAGAAGGAGAACUUAAGGAUGCAAAAAUGAGCAGUUUUUCAUCUGAUUUUCAAACACUCAUUGAACAUUAAUUUCCUUUGUAUUUUCUCUAUGAAUUAUUAAUGAGAUUGAGAAGUUUAUUUCAACAUUAAAAUGAAAAAUUUACAAACUGCACUGAUUGAUUUUAUGAUUUUUCUGAGAAAUAGCCAGAAAGAAUUGGCCUAGAACAGAUCAGCUAGCUUUUUACUUAACUACAGCUUCAAAGUAUGUAACUUGUCAAGGCAAGAUCUUAAGGUGACAGGGCUGUAAAGAAUAAUAGUAUUGUCAGUUCUGGCCGCGGUUGUUCAUGCAAAAGGUGGAUAAUGCUAUCCAAUGGAUAAAUUUUUAUCCAGUGGAUAAUGCUAUAUAGGUUUCCCUAAUACUUAUCUGCUUGAUAGUUUAAUAGUUAUUUAUCUGGUAGAUAUCCAAUAUUUGAACAACCAUGGCCUGAAGUUCCACAUUAUUUGCAAAGGAACAUAGUGAGACUUGUAAUGGGCUGGUUGUAGCAGCUAUUAAUUUUUUGACAUUGUUUCAAUCAGGUAAAAGGAAAAAACAUUAUGGAAGUGACAGCAGCAGCAGUGGUGGUGAAAUUUCAGAUCUAGUGCAGAAGCUGGCAGAUAAGGUAGGUGCCUCCCGAGACCUUGUGAUACGUGGUGAUGAAACAAAUAGACCUUAUUCAUGUACCCACCAUCUCUGCAUGCACAUCAGGAUUGAUAUGAUAAAAGCAAUGUCACAUCCUGGUAUUUCAGGGGGCAAACAAAUAAAAUUUGCCAAUACAAGUAAUCACAGUCAAGUUCCUUUAUUCUCUCAAAUCAAGACCAUGAUUUUAGUUUGCAAAAUGUACAAAAUAAUUGAGUUUUUGCUUACUGUGAUGACAUCUACAUUAUUCACUUGGCCAUUGUGGAGGUUCAACUCUAUACCCUACUGGCCCUAGUCUGCUACACAGCCGUUUUUAGUGUCGUCACGCAACGCUCCUCCCCACAAACGGCCGCUGAAAACCAAACUAAUUCCUUUCCCUUUGUGUUUGUGGUCUAACGAACAAGCCAAUCAUGUAUAAGAGAUUUGACAAUACAUGAGCCGCAGGGCGCUAGGAGGCGAGCACGCUUCUCAGUUUUCGACAAAUCAAUCAAUCGUCGCUGAAUUUAGAUGGGCCCUGUGUUUUCAGGCAAGGAAAAGGUUAAUAUGCAAAAAAGUUUGUUUUAAGCGGUCAAGAAAGUUCCAAGUGAAAAAAAGGUUUGAUAGGCCUGGAAGACUUUUACCAGGAUCGGUAUAUGUAGUGAUAGGUAGUGAAGAAUUUAAUGUGCCGAAAGCGCUCAUUGUGUUCUGUGAAGACUAAACUCUCCAGGGUACUGAUUCAAAAAGCAAUCUUAUAAAUUAUCGAUGAGCGAUUUCCCGAAACUAUACCUGGCAACUUUAUGAGCACAUCCAUGUUGUGCAUCACAGUUUGCUCGACUUGCUUGCUGCUGCUGCUUAUCUCCUAAAUUUUGAAUAGGAUUCGACUACGACAACACUACUGUAGUUAAUUGCUUGUUUUCACGCAACGAUUUUGAUUAUUCUGUCAUUCACACAUGGGGCACUGAUAAAAGCAAAGCUGUGAUUGGAGGAGUCACAGUACCGCAAACUUGGGGCGAACACCUUCCAGAAAAUAAGAGCUGAAUUAUAAUUGGCUAAUCAUGGGAAAGGAAUGUAGUUCGGUUUUCAGCAGCCAUUAGUGGGGAGGACCGUUACGUGACGACUCUAAAAACGGCUGUGUAGCAGACUAUACUGGCCCCAGUAGAUAACACUAUCCACUGGUUAACAAAUAGAUUCCAUGUUGCCGUGCGUCUGUUCAAUAACAGAUCACAGAUGACGUCAAAAUGUAGUAAAAGCAAAGAAGUGGCACAUGAGCCGUAGUUGCCUGUGUGCAGAAAUCUCCUAUUUCCUUUGUUACACGCGGAAAAGGGACGUCUGCGUAACGCCGUCGCUAAUCAUGUUCUAGCGUCCGGCUGGCAGGGUAUUCUAUUUCGCAUAAAUUGUGAAAUAAUAUCCGGUUAGAAAUAAGAGUUGACAGGCCAAACACAACAUCAUAUGCUCCUGAUAAUGCGAAACGUGACCUUAAGAGUCUGCUUGAACAGAGGUUUUUCUUCUUUUCUCUCUCGUAUGAAGGUUACUAGCACUACACAGUGCAUGUAGCAUUCUAAACUUUGACUGAGUAAAUCUCUUUUUUGCCACACUAAGUCUUACAUUUAGAGGUCAUGAAGCAGGUUUGUUACAUGCAUACUGAGUAAUCAUUUCCUGUGGUUUAUGCUUCUGUGGGUGUUCCUGAUAGGAUUUGAUUUCAGAUGCAGUUGUAAAGUGUUUAAAUUUUUUUUCGACCUCUCUUUGUUACGGCUAAAUAAAGAUUUUAGUUUCUUUGGCUGGCUUUCUCCAAAAUGCCUGCCUGGUGCGAAGUCUACGCCGCUUUUGUAGUUUUCUCAGACACUGUUUACAAAUAUGAUGUGAUGUGUCAUACACAGUAAACUGUAAAGAAAUAAUUUCGUCACACACAUUAACUUUUCCGUGGCCUCGCACAAGAUUUGCAACGGUCUGCACACAAUGGCACAUGUUUUGAUUUGUUUUGGCUGGAAAACCCCGAUUACAUAAAUCACAGCAUGCAUUAUCAGACCAGAUUCGAUAGCAACUAAUCAGCGUUGAGUCAAACAAUGCGCACUGUGUGUCAGCCUAUCACAGCAUGUUCCCAAGAUCUUGGGAACCCAGCGGGACGCUGGAACACGAUUAGCAAUGGCGUUAUGCAGGCGUCCCUUUUCCAUGUGCAACAAAGGAAAUAGGAGACGUCUGCACACAGGCAAGAGCCGUAGAUGAGUGUGCCAUUGAUGUUUUUACCACAUUUUGACGUCUUUUGUGAUCUGUUACUGACCAGACCCAUGGCAACAUGGAAUCUAUUUGUUUUAUAAAAUGAAAAGUGAGGAAAAAACAACGUACACAUACUUUCCUUGUACUGCUUGUCUGUUUAAGGAUUUGUGCUAGUUAAGGCCCUUUUAAGUCCCAAACACCACUUUUCAUCUCUGCUUCUUCUUUUUUUCUUCAUCUUUACUUGUAUACAGUUUCUCUGAAAAGUUUUCCAAUGCCUUCACUUGCUCAAAGCAGAAUAAUCACAAAAGCAUUUUGCAAAACUGUGAGCCUCUCAUAGCGAUGACACAUGAUGGCAACUGUUGUGGUAAUUUCUUGCAGUUAAGGUAUUCUCAAGUUGGCAAGAACUCGUUUUGUUUCUGUUUCUCCCUUUUUCUUCUUUAGAAGUAGCUACUGCUAAACUUUUUUCAAGGCUUUCACUACUCUGAAAUAAUCUCACAAACAUUUUCAAAACUGUGCGCCACAUUGAGCAAAACAAAGAAAACAAGUUUCCCAUGACGUUAUCCAUGUAUCUGUACUCUAAUAAAUCACAGGCAAUGACCAAUCAAGGCGUGCAUAGUAUUCAAAUCAUUGUAUAAAUAAAUCUCUAUCCAGUGGAUAGCGCAAUUAGCUUCCCUCUUACUGAUCUGUUGGAUAGAGAUUUAUCUGGUAGAUAGCACAAUCAAACUUUUGAACAACAAGGGCCAGAAGGGUUUUUAAUAGCAAAUUACUGUCAUUUAAGAAUUUUCUUCAAAAUUUUUCCAUCUUUGAUUAAAUUUAACAUCUAUCUUAUUUGUUUUCAGUCUGGUCAUACCCCAGAGGCCAAUCCACCGUUACUUGCAUUUUGGAUGUCUAGAGAUAACACAACAACUUUACCAAAAAGUAGCAAUGAUACAGCUGAUAAGAAAGAGAAUGUCACAAAACAGAAGAGCACAAAGGAGUUUCAAACACCAUCCAGAAGACCGAGGUUUGUCAAUAAUAGUACUCUCUUAAACCAGGAUAUGAGUUGCAGCAACAUGAAGCAGUGUUAAAAAUGAAUAGUUCACUCAUAGGAACAUGUAACAGAGACUUUUUGCAGUGACAAAACCACUACUACAUUGAAAUAAACACACUGAAAAAUGUAAUUUCAUGUGUAGACAUUGUAUUAGUCAUCUUGUAACAUUUUGUCUCUGCCAACCCCCACCCCCUGCUACCCACAACUCCUCCUAAGAAUUUGUUCAAGGAAGUUAAACAAUAAUAUUAAUCUCAAAUUUAAAUUAUAGAGCAUGUUGCUUGGACAAACCUCUGCCAUUUACUGUAGUUGCACAGAAUAGGAGAAAACCAACAGUAUAACCACACAUAUUUUGAGUCAUACCGAGUAUCCAAGCAACACAAGUCCCCAUACAUUUAACAUCGUAAUGAUAUUAUCAUCGUGGAUAUAAAUUCACUCUUUUACAGAAGAGUUGUUAGAAAAUGCAAUAAGUCAAAGAUGAAACUGCUGAAGCAAGACAUUGAAUUACUUAUUCAUCCUGUGGAAAAGACAGGUAUGGACUGAAGAAACCAGGGAUUUGACAUUUUCUUCUGUUGUCAAUGAAUCAUGUGUCUACUAAUCUAAGAACUUUUGAGCACUGCAGCUGGCACCCGCAUUGUUCAAACAUUGGAUAGCGCUAUCCAUGGGAUAAAUCACUUUCCAGCGGAUAAGUAGUAUCAGAUGGAAACCAAUUGCAUUAUCGAUAGCACUAUCCACCUUAAUGUUUGAAAAAAUGGGGCCCGCUCAAGUUAAUCAGGGCAUUUUUGUAGUUACACUAUCGAUGUACGCUAAAUUGGCCAAUCAAGUUUAGAGUGUGUAGCUAAGAGAUAAUUAAUAAAUUAGACACCCAUGGGACUAAGUAAGUAUUCAUUUCAGCAUACAAUAGGUGUCAACUUACAGGAAAAAAAAAGAGAUAGGAACUGGAGGAAAGAUUUCAUUUCUCUGAUUGCUGAUAAAUUCUAUGUAACAAAAAUUUGGCACAGCUUUUUGUUGUAUAAUUGGUACAAUUUGUUUGUUUUGUUUUAGAAGGCUUUUUCUGUAAAUCGUUUACAGUCUUGAUGUCUCAGUUGUGUGUGGUUUUAACAACAAUGUUUACCAUGCUCUUGUCAGUUUUUGUAAGGAUGUACCACCGUUGUCCCAUUGUUGACAAAGGUAAAUGUUUUUUUGUUUUUUUUCUGCAGAAGAGGAAUCGUCAGUUUCAGACAAAGGAACCAUUCAAGAGUCAAGGUACCGGAAAUCACUUCCUUGGCAAUAUUAAAGGCAUCUUUCAGAAGAAACCCAAGUGUCUUCUGAACAACUGCCAGACACUUUUGGCAAAUAAACAUAAGGCUAGUGGAACCAGGGCCUGAAACCAUUUAAUUAUUACUUAAAAACUAAACCUAAAUAAUCAAGGGGUUCCUGAUAGCUUUGUUAUUAUUACUGGCUAUUAAUUAAACUCAGUCUACAUAGACUACAAACCAGCUUUCCAGGCUUUGCAGAAGUUGGACAACAAUGUGGACAGGUUUGUUCGCUAAAUGUGGGGUGCUUUUCGUUCUUAAAUUUUGAUUUUAAUGUAAAUUGCAGUUCCCAAGCUGAUAAAUUACCAGUGACGACUUUUGAGAACUCUCAAAUCACGGACAUGGACAAGUACACAGAAAUAUUUUUGAAAGUUAAACUGAAUUACUUUGCACUUCAUGUAACUUGGUGUGUUGUUGAUUCUCUUUCAGUGACAAACAACAAAACUUAAAUCAAGAGGCAGAUGUGUUAAACCACCCUGAAAUUAAAGCAAAGUGUACUUCUGGCUACCCUGCUAACAGUUGUUUGUCAGUUGGUGGUGGCGAUUUCUUUGAUGUGUGGGAUACAGAUGAAGAUGAUAUCUUACUUAGCCAGAUGGAAAUUCCAUCCUUUAACAAGAACAUUCCAGAGACUCAAAUUAUGACCAAUACCCAGUUCCUUGACAACGGAAAAGAUACCCAAAAGACACUGUUGAACGAGAACCAUUCAGCAUCUCAUGCAAGCUCAAAUGAAAGCAUAGUUACAGAAAGUUGGGAUUUCAUCGAUACAUUUGAUGAUAGUGAUGAUGAAAACAUUCUACAGAGUGCACUAGAGGAUUUCGAAAAGUCACAACAAGUGUCUAUUCCAAAUGUGCGUAGGCUGUCAAAUUUGCAUGUGAAGCCAAGUUUGGUUCGUAAAGGUACUUGCAAAAUUGGUGAUUUCAAUGAACCAAGACAAACAGCUCCUGUUGCUAAAGGAUCAAAGGAAAAUUUGUCUGCAUUUCAAAAGAAUUUAGUUACAGAUCAAAACUUCUCACAAAAGCGGACCUUCACUUUUAUACCACGUUCUUCGAUACAGGGAACUGUUUCUGCAAGAUCAGAGCAGCUGAUAAACAGCAGUAACAGUCUUACAUCAUCAAAUGACAACUUCAAAGCUGUAAAAGCAGAGAAGGAUUGUCACAAAAUCAAUGAGAAAAAUUUAGCAGAAGGAGAUGCUAGCAGACAGAAGGACAGUUAUGGGCAAAUGAACAUACAAAGUAAGUAUUAAUUUAUUUUAUAGUAUAUUUGUGAACAGUGAUUCUUGUUUGAAGAUGUAUAAAGUGGUCAUCAUUUCAUAGUAUUCUUGUUUCCUGUAAAGUAGAGACUCUUGCACAGGAAAAACAAUGGUAGAUGUAGUUUGGCCUCUUAUGUCAAGAAUAUGAGCACAGUCUAAAUGAUUUCUGUACUGUACUUUUCAAAACAGGAAUCCUUAAACCUUUCAAUGAGUUGUUUGUCAUCUGAACUGCUAGCAAAAAUGCCAACAAUGAAUGGCCAUCAAAGUUUUAAAUGGCUUGUAAAGGUACAACAUGUUCAUGGAGGAAAAAUGUUGAGAAGAGUGGAAGGAAAUUUGUUUUGUUUACAGGCUACGACAAGGUCGAAGAAAUUUUUUUCAUGAAACUCUCUUAAAUUAAUGAAAUGCUCAGUCAAAUAUUAAUUUGAAAACGGUUUGUUACUGAACAAUGCAUGGAUACUAUUACAUGUCGGUGUGCAAAGAAAAGGGUGUCCGAUAGGUCAGUUUGCAAUCAGCCUGUGUUCUUAACUUGCACAAUGGUCAAGUGAAAUUUUUUGAGUUAUUCAAAUUACAGAAGAAAUGUCAUCAAUCCUGCCCAUCCAGAAUUUUUUCAGGCUAGUACGUGCUAAUACAUUGUGAGGAAAAAACAAAUUGAAUUGAAUCUGAAAUUAAACGGAAGACUUUUGAACAGGAUUAAGUGUCCUUUCCAAUGGCACAGUUGCAAUUUAGAUCUUAAGUGCUAAAUUCAGUUUGUUAAAUUAUGGUAAAAACAAAGUUUCAAUGCCAGAAUUUUAAACUAGAGAAGAAUUAUCCGUCUAAGACAAGUUAUUAGAGAUGAAUAAAUCUUCUAGACAUAAAUCGGGUGUUCAAACGAAUUUUAGCCUCAAAUUCGUCUUCACGUGAUUCGUCUGUAGCAAGUCUUUAAUACAGACGUGCUGACACACGAGGCCAAUUUGGGGCCAAGAUUCGUCUAAACACCUAAUUAGUUAUAUCUAGUAGAUGAUUUAUCCGUCUGAGACAGAUAAUUUGUCUUUAGUUUAAAUUCGGCCAAUAACUCAGCAUUGAAUUCAGAGUUGUUUGAAAGGAAAAAAUGUAACUUUAUCUUGAAAACAAAGGAAAUAAACGUGAUUGAAUAUUUAUUAAUUUUAGCGUUGCUUCAAAAAGCGAGAUUUGAAAGCUUCUCAUACAAGAAAUUUCUCCUUUCUUUUCUUUUUCCAUCUCAGGUGGCGCGGUAACUACUAAACCAACAAGAUACUCAAAAGAGGAAAUUGAGAAAAAAAAGCGUGAAGCACAGAAUCGACGCAGACAGAAAUUGGCUCUAAGCCAACAAAAACAUCACAGAUAG